CUCUGUGUGACGAACUCAUCCAGUUUCUGUGCCACUGCCACUUUUAAAAUUCACAAGCUUUACAUUGCUUCCUCUCUACACUUUCCCCUUUUUCUUCUUUUCUGUUUGCUGCUCUUUUUUUACAGCGAAAAAGAUCAGUUUUUGAGUGACACCAACAGUCUAAAACAAGAAAGAAAGAGUUGCUAUGGAGAGAAAAUCGAUAAUAAUUUGUGGGGUUGUGGGAUUUCUAGGGCUAUUAUCUGCCGUUACUGGUUUUGCUGCUGAGGCCACAAGGAUUAAGGGUUCUCAGGUCCAGGUUCCGACUCCUACAGAAUGUGUAUAUCCAAGGAGUCCUGCACUGGGUCUUGGAUUGACUGCUUCUGUGGCUCUUAUAGUUGCUCAAAUAAUUAUCAAUGUAGCAAGUGGAUGUGUCUGCUGCCGGAAAGGCCAACAUCAAUCAGCAUCUAAUUGGACGCUAGCGCUAAUAUGUUUUGUUGUAUCCUGGUUUACAUUUGUUAUAGCAUUUCUAUUGUUGCUAACAGGCGCAGCACUGAAUGAUCAGCAUGGUGAUGAGAGCCUGUAUUUCGGCAACUACUAUUGCUAUGUUGUAAAGCCUGGAGUAUUUGCUGGAGCUGCUAUCUUGUCCCUUGCCAGUGUUGCUCUUGGAAUCACCUAUUAUCUUUCCUUGACAUCUGCAAAGAACAUCAACGAUCCAUGGCGUCCACCAGCUCCAAGUCAAGGUGGCAUUGCAAUGGGACACCCACAAUUUCCUUCACAGACCAGUCAGGAGCCAGUUUUUGUGCAUGAAGAUACUUAUAUGAGACGCAUAUCUACAUGAUUGUCCCUAGACCCAUAUAAACAUAAGGAAUGGAGGUGUUAAGGGUGUAAGAAUCGUCUUCUGUAUGUGAAACACUCUCCUUUGUGAGCUAUAUCAUACUAUUUUUUUUGUUUUUUCAUUUGCUAUGGCAGUGAUAGCUUAAUUUUGUCGGAAAUUUGUAGCCUGUAGCAUGUAUCUGGAGGUGAUGUGUGUAUGUAAUCCAACAAUGCAACAUACUCUUGUAU